AUGCAUGAUCAAGCAGUUCGAAAUGCAUCGUGCUCAUAUAACAUAUAUUUCUAAUAAAAUUCUUCUCACUAGAUUGCCUAAACUGUAAAGUCAUUCCAACGGGAUGACUGGUUUUAGCACCAUUGAUGCACGACUAAUUAAGGAAGUAGUAAUUCAUAAUGUAUGUGCUUAAAUUAACAUCUUUUUGUUUAGUAAUACGGAUGGAUCGAAUGUGUCUAUCACAUUAUCGAUCAAAUAUUUUGUUCCAUCACUUAUCCUACCUUUCAAGAUAGGAAGUCAGACUGUAAAUUUCUGAACAACCAAUAGAAAAAUUGAUUAGUUUAAAUGACUGAUGGGGUACAAUGCUUGGUCGAAUAGGAAGAGCUAAGGAAAGUUGAAAGUUGUGUACGAUGAGAGGUGAGAGAUACAUGGGGGAUUUACGUGCAAAACACACGUGCUACUAGUUUUAUAGAUAAACCACUGAAAGAAAUACUGAGGGGUGAAUUUUGGAAACUAAUCCCUUUUUUAAUAUUUAGACAGCCCCAAAUUACUAUCCCAAUGACAAAUCAAUAAGUUAACCACCAUCAAAAUAAGUCAUAAAAAGUUUGUUUAUUGUUACAAUUUAAGUUCAUAAUAAAUCCAUAUAAUAACAAUACCAAGUACUUUCAUCCUUUUGACUUUCUAAACUAAAGCAUUGAAAUUCGAGGUUUUCGGUGAUUGUUUUUUUCUAAACUCGAAUUGAAGAAGGAUCAUCUUUAUAGUUCAAUAGUGAAUAAUGGCAGCCAUUCAACUCGAUGAUCGUGAUCGGACUAUCGCCAUGGGACGAGGUCUAUAUAGAUCUUCAUCUCCUGGAACAAUAAGACUAGAGACAAGAGUGAAAGAUCUUGAAGAUCAAUUGGAUGAAGAACGUUCUCUACGAAUAAAGACGGAAAGGGAGCUUGCUGAAAUUAAUGCUGAGUUCGACAUAUUAAAUGCAGAUUUUCAAAAUGCUAGAGAACAAAUAAGUCAACAAGAGGAAACUAUCAAAAGACGGGAACAAGAGUUUGCUCGUGUUCAUAGAGAGCUGGGUACAAUUCGUGAUGCAAAUGAAGAAAGUUUGGAAAAUUUAAGACGUCGUCAUCAAACCACAGUCAAUGAUCUUAAUCUUGAAAUAAAUGUUCUUCAAAAGGCGAAAUCCAAAGCUGAAAAAGAAAGAUCUGAAAUGGCUAGACAAUUGGAAAAUGCUUUUAUUGAAGUUGAGGAUGCUAAUAAGGCGAAAACUGUUGCUCAAUCAAAACAAGAAACACUUGAAUCUCAAACUAUAAGAUUGAGAGCGAACUAUGAAGAGAGUCAAAAACGUAUUACAGAACUUAAUUCACAAAAUGCUCAACUCAUUGCUGAAGCAACUGAACAGGCUAGAACUAUAGAAAAGUUAAAUACGUCUUUGGCAAGUUGUCAGAGAGCACAAUCGAUUGCUGAAUCAGUAGGAGAAGACCAUAAGAGAGCUUUAGAAGAAGAAAUAAAGACUAGAACCUUAGUACAAAAUAAAUUAAAUACAGUACAACAAGAAUUAGAUACAUUAAUCCAUAGAGCAGAUGAUGAAGCUGAAAGUGUAGUGAAACUUCAAACUCAAGUUACUAGACUUACAAGUGAAUUAACACAAACUAAAACAAAAUAUGAAAAAGAAUUCAAUGAGAAAACUGAAGAAUUUGAUGAACUCAAACGUCGUUUGAACAAUCGUAUCAAUGAAUUAACAGAAUCCUAUGAACUUGAACGUGGUCGAGUUAUUAGUCUUGAACGUACCAAGAAUCAAUUAGCUAAUCAAUGUCAAGAAAUACAAUCUCAAUUAGAUAACUUAUUUGCUGAAUGCACUGAACAUGUUCAAACUAUCAAAAGCCUGGAAAGUCAAAAGACAGAACUGGAAUCGGUUUUAGAAGAAACUCAAACUGAAGAAAGUAAUUUACGAACAAAAUGCGGUUUAUUACAAAGGGAUCUUAUUCAAAUCAGAGCUGUUAAGUCUGAACUAGAGGAACGUUUAACGGUGUUGGAGAAAGAGAACAAACAAAAUACUGAAAAACUAAAAGAAACUAAAGAACGUUUAUCAGUUGUUAAUCGACAAGUUACUGAUUUGGAGAGUUCUCGAGCAAGACUAGAAACGGAAAGAGAUAAUCUAGACUCUACAUUAAAAGAUACAGAAGAUGCUUUACAUGAAUGUGAAACUCGUUACCAAACAACAUAUUCAGCUUUAAGUACUUUAAGAAAUGAAUUUGAACGUCAAUCAAGAGAUAAAGAGGAAGAAGUGGAAAGUUUAAGGUGAUGUAGAUUGAUGUUCAUGUUUCAAUGAUAGAAUAAUGUACAGUAUCUCCUUUUUGUUUGUUUAUUUUUGAAAUUACUUAUGUUAACAUUGAAAAAGUGAAUUCUAGUAAAGUUUAAAAGGAUUAUUUUAACGUUCAAGUCAACGUAAUGUGGAAAAUCUUAAAGCAACUGUAGCAGAUAUGGAAAUGAAAAAUCAAAAUGAAUUAGACCGACUUAAAAAGAAACUAGAAGGAAAUAUAAAUAAUUUACAAGUUCAGUUAGAAGAUGAAAAAGCUGCUCAUUCAGAAACUAUUAAAUUACAUCAAGAAGCAGAAGCACAUAUUUGUCAAUUAGAAAUAGAUAUAACAGAACUAAAUAAUUUGGUUUCUGAAACUGCAACCACUUUACAGAUAUGCGAAAGUCGUCGAUCUGCUUUAUCAAAUGAAGUAGAAAGCUUAAGGAGUCAAUUAGAAAUCACAGAAAGAUUAAAACGAAAACUGGAAGAAGAGUCAUCGGAAAAUAUGUCAAAAUUCGGUGGUUUGACAAUACAAAUAAAUAAUUUGACAGCAGAAAAACGAAAACUUGAGGGUCAGAUAGCUGUGCUUGAAGGUGAUUUGGACGACGCUACAGGUGCAAAAGAUGUUGCUACAGAGAGGGCAGACAGACUUCAAAAUGAAGUUAACCGUCUGUCUCAAGAACUUCAAACUGAGCAGGAGUCGUCACGUCGAGCAGAUACUGCAAGAAGACAAUUGGAAGCUGAACUAAAAGACUGCAAUGCUAAGAUUUUAGAAAGCCGAAGAGCAGCUGAUGCAGCAGAACGUGAAGCUGAUGAUGCCAAAAGUCAAGCCGAGAUUAAAAUACGAGAGUUGCAGCUAGCUUUAGAAGAGGAAUCUAGAAAGUCAAGAGAGGCCCAAACUCAACUAAGAAAAUGUGAGAGAGCACUCAAAGAAUCAGUACAAGCUGAACAAGAUGCUGGGCAUAUGGUAAACGAACUACGUGAGAUGGUUGAACGAGCUCAAACAAAACUGAAACAAACCAGGAAACAGUUAGAAGAAGCAGUAUGUGUACUUUGUAAAAUGUUAGGCUCAAUUAAAUCAAUUACUAGUAAAUAAUAAUAAGUAAUACACUGUGAAUAGAUUAAUCCCAAUGCUUAUUAGAAAACAGUACAGUUGUUUACUUUAAAACAACACAUCUGUCUGCUUGAUUUGAUACAGUAACAAUAGCAAAUAUAUGUGCACUAUACUUAUUUCCUUAAGAACGUCGGUACUCCUUUCAGUGGUUAUGAAUGUUUUAUUUUUCUCUGGUAGCAUUAUCGAAGUAAAAAUGACAGAUUAAUUAUUCCAUGUGAGAAUUAUACAGAUCACAGUGAAUGAUGCAUCUGAUCACAUGACUGAAUUUUUUUUAAAUGAGAUGAUUUUAUUUUUACGAUAGAUUGAUAACCAAUUAUGUUAAGAAUUUAAUUUAAUUUAAUUACAGGAAAAUGCUGCUCAAACUGCUUCAAUGAAAUAUCGUAAAGCUCAACAACAAGUGGAUGAUGCAGAUUUACGUGCUCAAAUGGCUGAAAGACGUAUAGGUUUAACUGCUCAAGAAGAUAAUGUAACAACUUAUGGAAAUUACAAUAGACAGCGAUCUGGUAGUCUUUAUCCAACUAGAACAAGAAACUAUUCAGUAACACGUGAAGGAUCCGUAUUUAGUGUCAUGAGUGAAUUACCAGCCUCUCCACAUAAAACUCGUUUUCAAACAGCUAUUCCAAAAUGGAGUAAUCGACAUGAAUUAGGAAAUUAUCAAAAAGAAAAUGGUAGUUCAUUAAGUCUUCUUGAUCUACCACCGGCUGAUACAAGUUGUAGUUGAUUCUACACUAAUCAAUUAGACUAGUAACAAAUUAAAUUAGUCACAUUUUUGUUCACCCUUUUAUUACUAUUAUCCAUAUAAUCAUUUACAUUUUAAUGUUUUGACAACUUUUCAUAUAAUUCCAUCUUAUUACUUUGUAAAAGAAUUGAAUUACUAGUAAAUGUUUAUUAAUAAUUUCCAUUUGCCAUACCCUGUUGAAAUGAAUUUUCUUUAAAGUGAUUCACUUUAAACAAAUCCAUAGUUGAGUAUUUUUUUUCUUUUUUCUUUUUUUAUUUAAUUUUACAACCAACUGGAAUUAGUGAAUUAAUUUCAAUGAUAACAUUUUUCUUUUUUUUUCCCAAAAAAAGAAAGAAAGAAAGACGAACAACUUAUGUUAUACAUGGUAUAACAUUUGAUUUAUUGCGCAUCAUUAUUUGUUUAGUCUAGUGUAUAUUUGUGUUUCAUAUUUUGAAUGAAUUAAGUUUAUCAGUAUGUUGCUCUUUUUUUCUUUUCUUUUUUUUUCAGAGGAAAAUUCCUUUAACCACGAAUGAUUAUUAGUUAACAUUGUAGACCAUAUUAGUAAACAUUAUGAUUUUAUGAAUCAUUGUUGAUAAAACAGUUUCAUAUUGAUUAAUUAAACCCUUUUCUUUUCUGUAUUCUCCUUUAUUUAGUGACCAAAAAUAAUGUUUAUACAAAAAAGAGGAAAAAAUUUCUUUCUUUCGUCUUAAAUUCUCUAUUACAUAAUAUUAAAUGGUUGAAAUUUAAAGCAAUUAGUCCUUUUGAUAAAUUUUGAUAGUGUGA